CUUCUCCCAAAACUCAAACAUCGUUCGCAUUCCGAGCUCGAUCCUCGAGCAAUGACCGACGUGGAUCGCCGCCCCACCGCCGGCCUCUCCCCUUCCCACGCCGCCGGUCUCCGCCGUCUCUCCACCCGCGCCGCUUCCGUCUCCUCCUCCUCCUCCUCCUCAACCUCAUCAUCCUCAUCCGCACCUUCGAUCGCCGGCGACUCCCUUCUUUCCGCCGUCCACUCCUCUGGCCUCCCUCUCCUCCCAGCCCUAACCUCAUCGGAGCUCGCCCUCGCCGAAGCCAUUCUUGGUCUACCUCUCCCUCCCGAUCUCCGAUCCCUCCUCUCCCUCACCCUUCCUUUCCCUCUCUGGCGUCCUCUCCCCCGUCUUCUCUCCGCCCUCCGUCUCCCCCUCGCCGCCACCUCCCUCCAUCUCUCCCGCCUCCCUUCCAACCCUCUUCUCUCCCCUCCUCCCCUCUCAUCCCCCUCCUUCCCCGCUUCUACCUCCCUGCCCUCCCUUCCCUCGCCGGCAACCCCGUCUUCCUCAUCGACGAUCGCAAGAUCUCCCUCUUCGCCCUCGAUCUCCCCGACUUCUUCCACCGCCUCCAAUCCCCCACCGUUCCCCCUCUCCUCCCGCCGCUCCCCCCGCUGGAUCGAGUUCUGGAGCGACGCUGCCGCCGCCGAUCGCCGUCGCCGCAGCAGCUCCGCCUCCCCCGACGAGUUCCUCGAGAUCCGACCCUCUAAGCUCCCCAACUGGGUCGGCAACUACUUGUGCCGGAUCGGCUCCGUCCUCCGCGACGGUGGCUGGGAAGAAUCCGACGUCUCCGAGAUGGUCCACGUCGCUGACGGUUCCAUCGUCGACGGGUACGAUGAAAAGGUAGCCUUAGAGAAGCUGGUCUUGAAAGCCGAUCGCUGCUCUGACUCACUCCGUCGCGCCGGCUGGGAUUCCGAUGAGGUCUCCGAUGCUCUCGGCUUCGAUUACAACCCUCCUAGUGUCCGAAGACGCUCGGUGAACUUACCGCCUGGUCUCGCCGCCAAGAUUGGGAAACUCGCCGAAGCCGUUUCCCGCUCCUAACUCUAUUUUUAUUUUAUUAUAUAUAUAUUUAUAUAUUAUAUCUUUUCUUUCAAAAAAAAAAGAAAAAAAAGAACAUCCUUGUUGUUGUAUUGACGUUGGUUCUUU